AAAUAAGCCCUUCAUGAAAUUACGCAGAGAGAUUCUGUUCAUUUCUCUCUCUAAACACACUCAUUUCUCUCUCUCUCUCAUCUUCUACAUGUAAGCGUUUCCAUUUUUCCUAAUUAUUUAAUGCUUAGUGAGAGAGAGAGAGAGAGAGAGAGAGAGAGAGAGAGAGAGAGUUGCAGGGUCCAGAUUUGGUGAGACAAGAGUGGUUGAAGGAGGAGGGAGUAGAGUAGGGGGGGGAACCCCACGAGGGAGGGAUCUGAGAGGACAAACAAACCCAGAUUUUGUUUUAGGCCAUAAGAGUCUAUAAUCAUGCCAUCAGGUGCGAAGAAGAGAAAAGCUGCCAAGAAAAAGAAGGAGAAGGAAGCCACCAUCACCACCUCAUCUCAUACCAACAAUCCUCAUGGAGGGUAUGAUGAUUCGAAAUCCCAAGAUGAGAAGGGAAGUGAUGGUGGUGAGGUUAUGUCUCCUGUAUAUGAGGGCCACCAUUUUCAUGAAGGGAGUGAGGAGGGUGACUCAUCAGGUGCUAGAUCAAUUGUUGCGAAAGAUAAGUCUGUGGAGAGAGUUUCUAGGGAGAGAAGUUUGAAAUCUGGGAAGAAUUCUGAGAACAAAGAUGUAAGGAUUGAGUAUGUUGAGUCUGGAAAGGAAUCUCGUGACGGGGAUGAUAGAAACUCGAGUAGUAGUAGCAGCAGCAGGAGCAGCAGCAGUAGCAGUAGCUCGGAUGAUGAAUCUCGAGCCAUUGAGAAGAAACAGGACUUGAAAGCAAAUGUUUCCAUUUUGGAUUCACCAGUUGAAUCCUCUUCAGCUGAAGAGAAGAAUAAGGUUGAUGAAUUGUCCUCUAAGCCAGUAUUGGUUUCUGAUGUGAUCAAACCCGGUUUUGAAAAUGGUGCAGAGAAAUCGUCUACUGUGGAAACUGUUACUGAUUUAUCUUCGAAAAAAAGUGAGGAUAAGAGUGCAAAAUCAUCUCCAAGCAAAUCAGAGUCUGUCUCGAAUACUUAUGAGGUUGAAGAAUUGCCACCUUCAAGUGGUUGCGAGGCUCAAACUAGUAAUGCUAAUCAAGACAUUAAAACUUCUGAGACUCCUGAACCCUCCGAAAACCAGCCUUUGGUUGCUCCAACGCCGCGUCCUGUGCAAAAAACCUCUUGGUUGAGUUGCUGUGGAAUUUUUGAUGUGAUUACAGGAUCCGGUCGAUAAAUUCAGAAACAUAAGCUGAAGAAACAUUCAUUGGAGGAACAACAACACCCUUGAUGGCGAGGAAGGAUCUGGUUAGAGUAACUUUGUGAAUUUUGAGAGUUAGAACUGCGUAAAGGUUUUAAAUUUUUAAAUUUUUUUCUCUGAAGAAUAAUGGGGGCGAUAGACCCGACUUGAUAAAACAGUAUAAAAGUUUGGUGGUCGGUGGUUAUAACGUCGAAAAAAUUGUAGGCUAGGCAGCUCGAUGUCAUCGCUAAGCUUUUUACAACAUUUUUACAUGUUAAUUUUGCAGUGUAGUAUUCUUCCUUGUGAUGUAUUCUUCCUUUUUCUCUUUUUUCCCCUUCUUGUGAAGAAGUUGUGGGAUUAUUUAUGGUGUCAUUUUUAGAGUACAAUUAUUAUCACUAUUUCUCAAUCUCUUGCAUGAUA